AAAGGCUGGAGCUCAUUGAUGACGCGGCCCUCACGUGACCAGCAGUCGACGUGUGCAGAAGUCCUUAUAGUCCAGGCCCAGUUCCUCAGUAGCAGCUCAGUCUUGCUAGAGAAGAGUGGUCCUGCUCCUUCCAGGACUCUUGAUCUUUUGGGCGCGCCAUAAAAUCGAGGUGCAAGAAGAGAGGAAAAAUCUUCAGAUACCUACAGGAUUAAUUUCUUCCCAAAAAAAUGCUCAACAUGCAAAAGUCUUGUGAUGAAAACGAAGGAACAACCCAGAACACACCAAAGGCAGAUGAAGGCCAUCCUUCGGAAAAUCCGCCACAGCAGGCAGAAGGAAAUCUUCAGGCUUCUGGAGAAAGUGUGAGGGAGGAAGCUGAUGGAAGCCUUAGAGGAGAGCCUGCUCAAGCCAGCCCAGAACCUAAAGAGGACACUCCUGCAAGGCAUCUGAACCCUGAAGAAGUGAUAAGAGGCGUAGAUGAGCUGGAAAGGCUUAGGGAGGAGAUAAGAAGAGUAAGAAACAAGUUUGUGAUGAUGCAUUGGAAGCAAAGACAUUCCCGAAGCCGUCCUUACCCUGUGUGCUUCAGACCUUGAACUCUUUUCUCUGAUACUGAGAUCUGGCUGCUGCUUUCUUUCUCUUAGCAUUUUCUGAUGUAUCUUUGAACUCCAUUAUACUUUUAAUUACCUGGUGGUUAUUUUCUUUUAGGUAGUUGUCGUUACCAGCAUCUCAUUGGAUUUUGACCCAUUUUUCCACGUUUGUUUUUCAGUUGGAAAGUUUCACACUUAUGCAUGGAAAUGUGUUCGUUCCAUAUGAAACAAUUAAAGAGCAAAUUUUAAGGCAGCAUAUUUAGGAUCAGCUCACAUAUAUAGGAAAAUUCCUAAUUAUGUGUGUACAUGUAUAAUUAUACGUAUCUCAAAAAAAUUAUCAGUGCUCAUUUUGUGUGGUGUGUUUUAAUUUUGCCUUUUGCUUAUGUGUAUUUUUAAUGACUGUGUCUCACAAAGAACUGCAGAUUUUUUUUAACAAGUGGGAGUUAAUUAAAAUUAAUUUGUAACCAGCUUGUAGAGGCAAUAAAGACACUAAACCCUUGAUGAAGAACUAUUAAAAAGAAAUGUCAACCUGGAAUUACCUCUGGAUUUCUUAACCAGAGGAAUAAAACUGGCAAUCAUU